GUCCAAUACAACAGGAUCCGGGAGUUUUAACGCUGCGUAGUGAAACAGAGCGUGGGCAGCGCUUUUGUACUCCAGCUGGAGUAAAAUUAACGCAGCCUCCCGUUCUUCCGUCGCUAUCUUACAGCAUCCAGCAAAUGGGUCGUAGGGUCAAGAAGAGCAGAACCCAGCUGACCUUUCUCAGCUGAGUCCUUUUGAGAAACUGGCAGAGGAGGGUGAAAACCUCGGCAGAGAAGCAGUGCUCCGGGGGAGGGAAACGGGUCGCUGCGUGCAGGGAAGGGGGGAGAGGGUAACGAGUGAAAACGGGGGCCAAACUCGAGCUGAGCGAAGCCAGCGCCCACUGCCUGCAAAAGGGGCGAAAUCAGCCAGUAAGGGUGAGGGAAAAGCGGGAAGCAGAGGGGAGGGAAGGAAGUAAGGAAAGAGGAAGGAAAGGCAGGGGACAGAGAAGAGCGGCUGCAGCUUCUGCGGCCGGCUUAGUAGGAGGAGCAGGAGGGGAAAGAGGAGGAUCCAGAAACAGUCAGUCAGGCAGCCGGCGGGAGGUGGAGAAAGCCGGCGGCGGCGGCGGCGGCGGAGGAGGAUUAAAGAUGGCCACCAGCAGCUGCGGGAAACAGCAACCCCUCACUUUCCGGAGCGGUCCCUGCGGGUCGGCCCGGCCUUGAUGGAGAGAAGCCCGAGGAGCGCCGAGGCUGAGGCGGCGGCGGCGGCGGCGGCGACCCAGCGAGGAGGAGGGCGCGGGGGAGCAGGGACCCGGGCGGGAGGAGGCGAAGGCGGCGGCGUCGCUGCCCCCGCCGCCUAGCGCCGUGCCCGCCCCGGCGGCCCGGUCCCCGCACCUCGCGGCCGCGGAAUCCGGCCAGGCCAGCGGCCCGGCCCCCGCCGCGGGGCUCCCGGGCCCCGCCGCGCCCGUCGCCAGCGGCCGGAGUCCCGGGCCAGGCCCGCCCGCCUCCGGUAUAAAUACUUCUCCACAUCUGCUUCAGGAAGAAAGUGCCUGCCGCUCCUGUUUCUAUGCAGGUUCAUGCCAGCCCAGAGCAGUGAAUCAGAAUUAGAAGUGCUCAUCACCAGCCAGCCAAGAUGAACAUGGUGAAGAGGAUUAUGGGGCGGCCGAGGCAGGAAGAAUGCAGCCCGCAAGACAAUGCCUUAGGACUGAUGCACCUCCGCCGCCUCUUCACCGAGCUGUGCCAUCCUCCCCGGCACAUGACGCAGAAGGAGCAAGAAGAGAAGCUGUACAUGAUGCUGCCGGUGUUUAACAGGGUUUUUGGAAAUGCUCCGCCAAAUACAAUGACAGAAAAAUUUUCUGAUCUUCUGCAGUUCACAACUCAAGUCUCAAGACUGAUGGUGACAGAAAUUCGAAGGAGAGCAUCAAACAAAUCCACAGCAGAAAAACAGUGUGCCCCGCUGUCUUCCAAGGAUUUCCAAGCCACAACACCUUCAGAAGCUGCAAGUCGGGCCAUAGUCCAGUUCCUAGAAAUCAAUCAGAGUGAAGAAGCCAGUAGAGGUUGGAUGCUUCUGACGACAAUUAAUUUGUUAGCAUCCUCUGGUCAGAAAACUGUGGACUGCAUGACAACGAUGUCAGUGCCUUCCACCCUGGUUAAAUGUCUAUAUCUGUUUUUUGACCUUCCACAUGUGCCUGAGGCAGUUGGAGGUGCACAGAAUGAGCUACCUCUAGCAGAACGUCGUGGACUACUCCAGAAAGUUUUUGUACAGAUUUUAGUGAAACUCUGCAGUUUUGUUUCUCCAGCAGAGGAGCUGGCUCAAAAAGAUGAUCUCCAGCUUUUAUUCAGUGCAAUAACCUCUUGGUGCCCUCCCUAUAACCUGCCUUGGAGAAAGAGUGCUGGAGAAGUCCUUAUGACCAUCUCCCGGCAUGGACUUAGCGUCAAUGUAGUGAAGUAUAUUCAUGAAAAAGAAUGUUUAUCUACAUGUGUUCAGAAUAUGCAGCAAUCAGAUGACCUGUCUCCCCUAGAAAUUGUUGAAAUGUUUGCUGGGCUUUCUUGUUUCCUCAAAGAUUCCAGUGAUGUCUCCCAAACUCUUUUGGAUGAUUUUCGAAUAUGGCAAGGAUAUAAUUUCCUUUGUGAUCUCUUGCUUAGAUUGGAACAAGCAAAAGAGGCAGAAUCCAAAGAUGCCUUGAAAGAUCUGGUUAAUCUGAUAACUUCCCUAACAACAUAUGGUGUCAAUGAACUAAAACCAGCUGGUAUUACGACAGGGGCACCCUUUUUAUUGCCUGGAUUUGCAGUACCUCAACCUGCAGGCAAAGGUCACAGUGUGAGAAACAUCCAGGCCUUUGCAGUUCUUCAGAAUGCAUUUUUAAAAGCAAAAACCAACUUCCUUGCCCAAAUCAUCCUUGAUGCUAUCACAAAUAUUUACAUGGCUGACAAUGCCAAUUAUUUCAUCUUAGAGUCACAGCACACAUUGUCACAGUUUGCAGAAAAGAUCUCUAAACUCCCAGAAGUACAAAACAAAUACUUUGAGAUGCUGGAGUUUGUCGUUUUUAGCUUAAAUUAUAUUCCUUGUAAAGAACUUAUUAGUGUUAGCAUUCUCCUAAAAUCUAGCUCUUCUUACCACUGUAGCAUUAUUGCGAUGAAAACACUUCUUAAGUUCACACGACAUGACUACAUAUUCAAAGAUGUAUUCAGGGAGGUGGGCCUUCUGGAGGUCAUGGUAAACCUUCUGCACAAAUAUGCUGCCCUCCUGAAGGAUCCAACUCAGGCAUUGAGUGAACAAGGGGACUCAAGAAAUAACAGUUCAAUUGAAGACCAGAAGCACCUGGCUUUGUUGGUGAUGGAGACUCUGACAGCGCUUCUUCAAGGAUCAAACACAAAUGCAGGUAUUUUCCGAGAAUUUGGAGGUGCAAGAUGUGCACAUAAUAUAGUGAAAUACCCUCAGUGCCGGCAGCAUGCCCUGAUGAUCAUCCAGCAGCUGGUGCUCUCUCCCAAUGGGGAUGAUGACAUGGGCACCCUCCUGGGGCUAAUGCAUUCAGCCCCGCCAACAGACCUGCAGUUGAAGACGGAUAUCCUGAGGGCCCUCCUAUCAGUCCUUCGAGAAAGCCAUCGUUCAAGAACAGUUUUUAGGAAAGUUGGAGGAUUUGUGUACAUUACAUCCUUGCUUGUUGCCAUGGAAAGAUCUUUGAGCUCACCACCCAAGAAUGGCUGGGAGAAAGUGAACCAGAAUCAAGUGUUUGAACUUCUCCACACGGUGUUCUGCACAUUGACUGCAGCAAUGCGCUAUGAGCCGGCCAACUCUCAUUUCUUCAAGACAGAGAUUCAGUAUGAGAAGUUGGCAGAUGCUGUUCGAUUUCUUGGCUGCUUUUCAGACCUAAGAAAAAUAAACCCUAUGAAUGUCUUUCCCUCAAAUACACAGCCAUUUCAAAGACUUUUAGAGGAAGACACGAUCUCCAUAGACUCGGUGUCACCCACUUUACAGCACUGCAGUAAACUCUUUAUUUAUCUCUACAAAGUUGCCACAGAUACUUUUGACAGUCGUGCAGAACAGAUCCCUCCUUGCCUGACAAGUGAGUCUUCUCUCCCCUCUCCUUGGGGUACACCAGCUUUGUCCAGGAAAAGGCAUGCAUAUCAUUCUGUUUCAACUCCUCCCAGUUACCCUCCUAAAAAUGCUACUGACCUGAAACUGCACGUGGCAACUUCCUCUUUCCCGAGUUCAGAUGCCGUCGUCAUCCACCCUGGAGCCAUGCUCGCUAUGUUGGACCUCCUGGCCUCUGUUGGGUCAGUGACACAGCCAGAACAUGCUUUGGACCUUCAACUUGCUGUGGCAAACAUUUUACAAUCCCUGGUACACACAGAAAGAAACCAGCAGGUCAUGUGUGAAGCGGGGCUUCAUGCCCGGCUGCUACAGCGGUGUAGUGCUGCGCUGGCCGAUGAGGACCACUCUCUGCACCCACCCCUCCAGCGGAUGUUUGAGCGAUUAGCCUCUCAGGCUCUGGAGCCCAUGGUACUCAGGGAAUUUUUGCGUUUGGCAAGUCCAUUAAAUUGUGGUGCCUGGGACAAAAAAUUGUUAAAACAAUAUAGGGUCCACAAACCAAGUUCACUGAGUUAUGAGCCAGAGAUGAGAAGUAGUAUGAUCACAUCUGUGGAAGGUCUGGGUUCUGAUAAUGUUUUCAGUUUGCAUGAAGAUAACCAUUACCGGAUAAGCAAGAGCCUGGUAAAAUCUGCAGAAGGAAGUACUGUACCUUUGACCAGGGUAAAGUGUCUGGUCUCCAUGACAACCCCACAUGACAUCAGACUUCAUGGGUCAUCAGUUACUCCAGCUUUUGUUGAAUUUGACACAUCCCUUGAAGGGUUUGGCUGCCUCUUCUUGCCCAGUUUGGCCCCUCAUAACGCCCCUACAAACAAUGCCGUAACAACAGGUCUCACUGAUUGUGCUGUGAUCAGUGGCAUUGGUUCCGGUGAAAGGUUCUUCCCUCCUCCAUCUGGCUUAAGCUAUUCUAGCUGGUUUUGUAUUGAACAUUUUAGUUCUCCCCCAAAUAACCACCCCGUCAGACUUCUUACUGUUGUGCGCCGAGCAAAUUCCUCUGAGCAGCAUUACGUGUGCCUUGCCAUAGUUCUGUCAGCAAAAGACCGAUCUCUGAUUGUUUCCACCAAAGAGGAACUACUCCAAAACUAUGUUGAUGAUUUUAGUGAAGAAUCCUCUUUUUAUGAAAUUCUCCCAUGCUGUGCUCGCUUUCGAUGUGGAGAACUUAUAGUUGAGGGCCAGUGGCAUCAUCUGGUUCUGGUGAUGAGCAAAGGCAUGCUGAAAAACAGUACUGCGGCCCUCUAUAUUGAUGGACAGCUUGUCAGCACUGUGAAGCUUCAUUAUGUUCACAGUACUCCUGGGGGGUCUGGUUCUGCAAAUCCCCCAGUGGUUAGCACAGUCUAUGCGUACAUUGGUACUCCACCUGCCCAACGCCAAAUUGCUUCAUUGGUUUGGCGCCUGGGACCCACACAUUUUCUGGAAGAAGUUUUACCUCCUUCAAAUGUUACUACCAUUUAUGAACUAGGACCAAAUUAUGUUGGGAGCUUUCAGGCUGUAUGUAUGCCAUGUAAGGAUGCAAAAUCCGAAGGUGUCAUCCCAUCUCCUGUGUCAUUAGUACCAGAGGAAAAGGUGUCAUUUGGCCUCUAUACUCUCUCUGUGUCUUCCCUGACAGUGGCAAGAAUUCGGAAAGUUUACAACAAAUUGGACAGCAAAGCCAUUGCUAAGCAGUUAGGCAUUUCCUCCCAUGAGAAUGCCACUCCUGUGAAGGUGAUCCACAAUUCAGCAGGGCACCUGAGUGGACCUGCCCGGACAGUUGGGGCUACCUUGAUUGGGUACUUGGGAGUAAGAACAUUUGUCCCCAAGCCUGUUGCCACUACUUUGCAGUACAUUGGUGGUGCUGCAGCCAUCCUGGGCCUGGUGGCCAUGGCCUCUGAUGUGGAAGGGCUGUAUGCAGCGGUCAAGGCCCUGGUUUGUGUGGUCAGGAGUAACCCAUUAGCCAGCAAAGAAAUGGAAAGAAUUAAGGGCUACCAGUUGCUGGCAAUGCUGCUUAAGAAGAAACGCUCCCUUCUUAACAGCCACAUUCUCCAUCUGACUUUUUCCUUGGUGGGAACCGUUGAUAGUGGACAUGAGACCUCCAUUAUUCCAAAUUCAACUGCGUUCCAGGAUCUACUUUGUGAUUUUGAAGUCUGGCUCCAUGCGCCCUAUGAACUUCAUCUUUCCUUGUUUGAACAUUUUAUUGAGCUGCUCACAGAAUCCAGUGAAGCAUCAAAGAAUGCCAAAUUAAUGAGGGAAUUCCAGCUAAUCCCAAAGCUGCUACUGACCCUUCGAGAUAUGUCUUUAUCCCAGCCUACCAUUGCUGCUAUCAGUAAUGUUCUGAGCUUCUUACUGCAAGGUUUUCCCAAUAGCAAUGAUCUGCUCAGGUUUGGCCAGUUUAUUUCUUCUACUUUACCAACCUUUGCAGUUUGUGAGAAAUUUGUAGUUAUGGAAAUAAACCACGAAGAGAAGCUUGACACUGGAACUGAAGAAGAGUUCGGAGGUCUUGUAUCUGCUAAUCUUAUACUUUUGAGGAACAGACUUCUAGAUAUCUUGCUAAAACUAGUUUACACAUCUAAAGAAAAGACAAGCAUUAAUUUGCAAGCUUGUGAAGAACUGGUCAAGACCCUGGGUUUUGACUGGAUCACGAUGUUCAUGGAGGAGCACUUGCACCCCACCACAGUCACAGCGGCCGUGAGGGUCCUCGUUGUCUUGCUGAGCAAUCAGUCUGUGCUUAUCAAGUUUAAGGAGGGACUCAGUGGUGGGGGGUGGCUGGAGCAGACGGAUUCUGUCUUAACUAAUAAGAUUGGAACUGUGUUAGGAUUCAAUGUGGGCAGGAGUGCCGGUGGGAGAUCAACGGUCAGGGAGAUUAACCGGGAUGCCUGUCAUUCUCCUGGUUUUCCAGUUCUCCAGUCAUUCCUUCCUAAACACACUAAUGUCCCCGCUCUCUAUUUUCUUCUCAUGGCAUUGUUUCUGCAGCAGCCAGUUAGUGAGCUGCCUGAGAACCUGCAGGUCAGUGUGCCUGUCACCAGCAGCCGAUGUAAGCAGGGUUGCCAGUUUGAUUUAGAUUCCAUUUGGACAUUUAUCUUUGGAGUCCCUGCCUCCAGUGGAACUGUGGUCUCUUCUAUCCACAACGUGUGCACAGAAGCUGCUUUUUUAUUACUGGGAAUGCUCCGCAGCAUGCUCAACUCACCUUGGCAAUCAGAAGAAGAGGGAUCUUGGCUCCGAGAAUAUCCGGUGACCCUGAUGCAGUUCUUCAGAUACUUAUAUCACAACGUCCCAGACCUGGCCUCCAUGUGGAUGAGCCCUGAUUUCUUGUGCGCUCUAGCAGCAACCGUCUUCCCCUUCAACAUCCGCCCUUACUCGGAGAUGGUGACUGAUCUCGAUGAUGAAGUCGGAUCUCCAGCCGAAGAAUUUAAAGCCUUUGCAGCAGACACAGGGAUGAACAGGAGCCAGUCAGAGUACUGCAAUGUGGGCGCCAAGACGUAUCUGACCAACCACCCAGCUAAAAAGUUCGUUUUUGAUUUCAUGCGGGUCUUAAUAAUAGACAACCUCUGUCUUACCCCUGCCAGCAAGCAGACUCCACUAAUUGAUCUUUUGUUGGAGGCAUCCCCUGAAAGAUCUACAAGAACUCAGCAAAAAGAAUUUCAAACUUACAUUUUGGAUAGUGUGAUGGAUCAUUUGCUUGCCGCUGAUGUGUUAUUGGGGGAAGAUGCAUCUCUGCCUAUUACCAGUGGGGGAAGCUACCAGGUAUUGGUGAACAAUGUGUUUUAUUUCACACAACGUGUGGUGGACAAGCUUUGGCAAGGCAUGUUCAACAAAGAAUCUAAACUUCUUAUAGAUUUUAUAAUUCAACUAAUUGCACAGUCAAAACGAAGAUCACAGGGACUGUCACUGGAUGCAGUUUACCACUGCCUGAAUAGGACCAUCUUAUACCAGUUCUCUCGGGCACACAAAACUGUUCCACAGCAAGUAGCUCUCCUGGAUUCACUCAGAGUUCUGACUGUAAACAGGAACCUGAUCCUGGGACCCGGGAACCAUGACCAAGAAUUCAUUAGCUGUCUGGCUCACUGCCUUAUUAAUCUACAUGUUGGCAGCAAUGUGGAUGGAUUUGGUCUGGAAGCAGAAGCCCGCAUGACUACAUGGCACAUUAUGAUCCCCUCUGACAUUGAACCAGAUGGUGGUUACAGCCAAGAUAUUAGUGAAGGGCGUCAGCUUCUCAUAAAAGCUGUCAACAGAGUUUGGACUGAACUGAUUCAUAGUAAGAAACAAGUUCUGGAGGAGCUUUUCAAAGUCACUCUACCUGUGAACGAAAGGGGCCACGUGGACAUAGCUAUAGCACGGCCCCUCAUUGAAGAGGCUGGCUUGAAGUGCUGGCAGAAUCAUUUGGCCCAUGAAAAGAAAUGCAUAAGCCGAGGCGAAGCUCUAGUGCCCACCACGCAAUCCAAACUGUCCCGUGUCAGCAGUGGCUUUGGUCUUUCCAAGUUAACAGGAUCAAGAAGAAAUCGAAAGGAAAGUGGUCUUAACAAACACAGUCUUUCCAUCCAGGAGAUUUCUCAGUGGAUGUUUACACAUAUUGCUGUUGUUCGUGACUUAGUAGACACACAAUAUAAGGAAUAUCAGGAGCGCCAGCAGAAUGCCCUGAAGUACGUGACAGAAGAGUGGUGCCAAAUCGAGUACGAGCUCUUGCGGGAGCGAGGGUUGUGGGGUCCCCCCAUCGGUUCCCAUCUAGACAAAUGGAUGUUGGAGAUGACAGAAGGGCCCUGCAGAAUGAGGAAAAAAAUGGUGCGAAAUGAUAUGUUUUAUAACCAUUACCCUUAUGUGCCGGAAACAGAACAAGAGGCGAAUGUGGCGUCUGAGAUCCCAAGUAAACAGCCUGAGACACCCGAUGAUAUCAUUCCUCAAAAGAAACCUGCUCGGUACAGAAGAGCCAUAAGUUAUGACAGUAAAGAAUACUACAUGCGCCUGGCCUCUGGCAAUCCAGCCAUUGUCCAAGAUGCCAUUGUAGAAAGUUCAGAAGGUGAAGCCACUCAGCAAGAACCAGAACAUGGUGAAGACACUAUCGCUAAAGUCAAAGGUCUGGUCAAGCCUCCUCUAAAACGGGCUCGAUCCGCACCUGACGGAGGAGAUGAGGAGAACCAGGAGCAGCUGCAAGAGCAGAUUGCUGAAGGCAGCUCUAUAGAAGAGGAGGAGAAAACAGACAAUGCCACCCUACUGCGCCUGUUGGAGGACGGAGAAAAGAUCCAACACAUGUACCGCUCUGCUCGAGUCCAGGGCCUAGAUACCAGUGAGGGGCUACUUCUUUUUGGUAAAGAGCAUUUUUAUGUGAUUGAUGGAUUUACAAUGACAGCAACCAGGGAAAUAAGAGAUAUUGAAACCUUACCUCCAAAUAUGCAUGAGCCCAUCAUCCCAAGAGGGGCCAGGCAAGGCCCCAGCCAGCUCAGGAGGACAUGCAGCAUUUUUGCAUAUGAAGAUAUCAAGGAAGUACAUAAGAGGAGGUAUCUCCUGCAGCCUAUUGCUGUGGAAGUUUUCUCUGGAGAUGGACGGAAUUACCUCCUUGCUUUUCAGAAAGGAAUUAGAAAUAAAGUUUAUCAAAGGUUUUUGGCUGUAGUGCCUUCUUUGACUGACAGUUCAGAGUCUGUGUCUGGGCAACGACCAAACACAAGUGUGGAACAGGGAUCUGGGUUGCUUAGCACUUUGGUUGGAGAGAAGUCUGUGACUCAGAGAUGGGAGAGAGGUGAAAUCAGCAACUUCCAGUAUUUAAUGCAUCUGAACACUUUGGCUGGCAGAUCCUAUAAUGAUCUCAUGCAGUACCCUGUCUUUCCCUGGAUCCUUGCAGAUUAUGACUCAGAGGAGGUAGACCUUACUAAUCCCAAAACAUUUAGAAACCUGGCUAAGCCAAUGGGAGCACAGACGGAUGAACGAUUAGCUCAGUAUAAGAAACGGUAUAAAGAUUGGGAAGACCCUAAUGGAGAAACACCAGCCUACCACUAUGGGACCCACUAUUCAUCUGCAAUGAUUGUGGCUUCAUACCUAGUAAGGAUGGAACCUUUCACACAGAUAUUCUUAAGGCUACAGGGAGGCCACUUUGACCUGGCUGACCGGAUGUUUCACAGUGUGCGUGAGGCCUGGUAUUCAGCAUCAAAGCACAACAUGGCAGACGUAAAAGAACUUAUCCCAGAAUUUUUUUAUUUGCCAGAAUUCCUGUUCAAUUCCAACAACUUUGAUCUAGGCUGUAAACAAAAUGGCACCAAGCUUGGAGAUGUCAUCCUCCCACCUUGGGCAAAAGGAGACCCACGAGAAUUCAUCAGAGUCCACCGCGAGGCUUUGGAAUGUGAUUAUGUGAGUGCCCAUUUGCAUGAGUGGAUUGACUUAAUCUUUGGCUAUAAACAGCAAGGCCCUGCUGCAGUAGAAGCUGUAAAUGUCUUCCAUCAUCUUUUUUAUGAGGGUCAAGUUGAUAUCUACAACAUAAAUGACCCACUAAAGGAGACAGCCACCAUAGGGUUCAUUAAUAACUUUGGUCAGAUCCCUAAACAGUUAUUUAAAAAGCCUCACCCACCAAAGCGAGUAAAGAGUCGACUCAACGGAGACAAUGCAGGAGUCUCUGUCCUGCCAGGAUCUACAAGUGACAAGAUCUUUUUCCAUCAUCUAGACAACUUGAGGCCUUCUCUCACACCUGUCAAGGAACUCAAAGACCCUGUGGGACAGAUAGUGUGCACAGACAAAGGCAUUCUUGCAGUCGAACAGAAUAAGGUUCUCAUCCCACCAACCUGGAACAAAACUUUGGCUUGGGGCUAUGCAGACCUCAGCUGCCGGCUGGGAACCUACGAGUCAGACAAGGCAGUGGUUGUUUACGAAUGUUUGUCUGAGUGGGGCCAGAUUCUCUGUGCAAUCUGCCCCAACCCCAAAUUGGUCAUCACAGGUGGAACAAGCACAGUGGUGUGUGUGUGGGAGAUGGGCACCUCCAAGGAGAAGGCGAAGGCCCUCGCCCUCAAACAGGCCUUACUUGGCCACACUGACACUGUCACCUGUGCCACAGCAUCGUUAGCCUAUCACAUAAUCGUCAGCGGGUCCCGUGACCGAACCUGUAUCAUUUGGGAUCUGAACAAACUGUCGUUUCUAACCCAACUCCGAGGCCACCGAGCUCCAGUUUCUGCUCUUUGUAUCAAUGAAUUAACAGGGGACAUUGUGUCCUGCGCUGGCACUUACAUCCACGUGUGGAGCAUCAAUGGGAACCCUAUCGUGAGUGUGAACACAUUCACAGGUAGGAGCCAACAGAUCAUCUGCUGCUGCGUGUCAGAGAUGAAUGAGUGGGAUACGCAGAACGUCAUAGUAACAGGACACUCAGAUGGCGUGGUCCGGUUUUGGAGAAUGGAAUUUUUGCAAGUUCCUGAAACACCAGCUCCCGAGCCUGUUGAAGUCCUAGAAAUGCAGGAAGACUGUCCAGAAGCACAAAUAGGGCACGAAGCCCAGGACGAGGACAGCAGCGAUUCAGAAGCAGAAGAGCAGAGCAUUAUCCAGGAUCCCAAGGAGACACCCAGCCAGCCCAGCAGCACCACCCACAGGCCCCGGGCAGCCUCUUGCCGAGCAACAGCCGUCUGGUGUACUGACAGUGGCUCCGAUGACUCCAGGCGCUGGUCUGACCAGCUCAGUCUGGAUGAGAAAGACGGCUUCAUAUUUGUGAACUAUUCAGAGGGCCAGACCAGAGCCCAUCUGCAGGGUCCCCUUAGCCACCCCCACCUCAAUCCUAUUGAAGUGCGGAAUUACAGCCGAUUGAAGCCUGGGUACCGGUGGGAGCGUCAGCUGGUGUUCAGGAGCAAGCUCACUAUGCACACCGCCUUCGAUCGGAAGGACAACGCACACCCAGCAGAGAUCACCGCCCUGGGCGUCUCCAAGGAUCACAGUAGGAUCCUGGUUGGUGACAGUCGAGGCCGAGUUUUCAGCUGGUCUGUGAGUGACCAGCCGGGCCGUUCUGCCGCUGACCACUGGGUGAAGGAUGAAGGCGGCGACAGCUGUUCGGGCUGUUCAGUGCGCUUUUCUCUGACAGAAAGACGGCACCAUUGCAGGAACUGCGGGCAGCUCUUCUGCCAGAAGUGCAGUCGAUUUCAAUCAGAAAUCAAACGCUUGAAAAUCUCAUCCCCCGUACGUGUUUGUCAGAACUGUUACUACAACUUACAGCACGAAAGGGGUUCCGAAGAUGGGCCUCGGAAUUGCUGAAGUCAGCAGGCUGAUGGGAGACCGUGGUCUGUAGACGCCCUUCCUGAUUCCCUGUCACUGCUCAGCGCAGAAGGCAUCAGAACAGGCUCUGUUUACACAUCUCUUCAUACCACGUGUGUGAAGGAUUGAAUUCAAAGGGAUCACUGAAUAAACAAGUGUAGAGUACAGUAGAGGGGCAGACACUAUUCAGGUGAACAGCACAAGAAGAAUAUGAGGUGGUUUGUAGGAGCAACAAAUUUCAAUUUCAAGUCGGAAUUUGAAAUUCUCCCUGUUAACAAUUGCUGUCUCCAAGAGAAAAUCCUCACUUAUUAACUGUCUUUCCUUGCGUCUCAUUUUUGUAGAGCUACUCAUCCUUAUUUGGAAAAACCAACAACAGCAAAAAGAGGCUUUUAGAAAAUGGUUGUAAAUCUGACUUCUUUGCAAGUAACUGUAUAUUGUAAAUAGGUGUAAAGGCCUUUUUUUCUAAAUAAGGACUUAAUUGCGUGUAACAUGAGACUUCAAACUAAACCACUAACUCAGUGAACUACUUAUGGUUUGUCUGACAUCGCUCACCAAUUGAUUAUAAAUAUGUUUUUUUAAAUCCUCAAAGACAUUAUCUGUGGUCUUUUUUUUUUCCCCCUUUCAAACCCAGCCUGUGUAACUGAUAUCCUUUCUUUCUUUCAAGUUGCCCACAGUAUCUCUACUUUAACUAGGCUAGUAACCAAAAUAACAUGGACCUUCUUUAGGGAACAGUGUGGGAGAAUAAGAGCCCCAUUGUAAGGCACCCUGGGAAUAUUGGGGCAUCUUGCACAUGGUUACGCACCACCUUAGUGUUGUUCCCGUGUCAUGAGGCUCCUUGCUAAUGUCUGUCGGGACUGCCAGUUGGUCGUAGAGCACCUCCUCGGCAUCACAGUGGUGGGCAGGCGAUCGAUGCCCUGCAGGACACGGCCCUGCUUCAAGAAAUGGAAAUAUAUUUGCAUGUAACCCAAAUUAGCUUCUCUUGCAUAGAACAUAAUUAGUAUGUGUCUUUGGUGACACUAAUGUUCAACUAUAACUUAUUUUCAAAAAGGGUAAAAAAGAAAAAAAGUGUACAGAAGUAACAUAUAAACCUUGUUGUAAAACUGGAUCAUGUCAGAACUGCUUAUAAUAUAAUUAACCUUUACCAUUUAAUGCCAUCUACCUGAAAACAGUGAGAUUUAUACUGUAUCAAUGUCUAUUUUUUUGUUUUUGCUAUGAAUAUAAUUACAGUAUUUUAAUAUUUAGUUAUUUAAUUUGUUCUACUAGUUGGAUACAGAACACACAAAUCCAGGGAGACUAAAGCUGGUAGGGGCUAAGAGAUAAGUUUAGUUUACAGAAAAAAGGCUUUGGUGGUGGAAUUUUUUAAAAAUGUGUGUUAUGUACAUAUAUAUAUGUAUAUAUAUAUA